AUGAGAAUGCAUAAGCAAUCCUACCAAAGUCUCUACAACUACAUCGCGAUAUCGCUGGGCAUGACGUCAUUUCGCUACAACUCCAUCACGGAAAAACACAAGCAAAUGUUUUGGACACAAACUUUCGCUUUAUUGGCCAAUGUGUGUACAAUAAUCUCUUUGCCACUGAUCUUCUGGAAUGCUAUUAAGCGUGUCACAGCCAUACAGUGGAAUCCCACGAUGACCUACGCCACCUACAUCACCUGCACUAUACGAGCAUUGGUUGUACUUUAUACCAUAUUGAAGCGCUCUAAGAUCGAUCUCAUGAUUCACGAAUCGUUGAAAAAACUUCGUACACUGCAGAGGACCUACUUGGCACACUUUCCGCGUGUGUCAUCCAUUGAACGGCGCAUGAAUCGCCUCUACUACGCGAAGUUCAUUAGUAUGUGCUUGCUCUUAACAUUGACAGCCAUUAUAUACCAUCAAGCGGCGGAGUUCGAGUUCACCUGGUUAAAUUGCUUUAUCUUUGCGAUGAGUUUGCAAACCACAGCGAUCCUAUACAUCACGAGAUUCAACUUUUUCUGGUUUUUAUGGUCCAUAUGUUCUAGUCUGAGAUAUGUGGAGUGGCAGCUACGUCAUCUGUUGGCGCAAAUGAAUGAAAGCUUAGAGCUCGGUCAGCGUUGGCGCUUAACGGCGCUAGCUACGGAUCUGGAGGGCAUACUGGAAGCGCACUGGCAACUGGCGAAACUGGUGAUUUUAGUGUCACUGAAUUACAGCGUAUUGAUACUGGCAGGAUUAAUGGAGCAGAUUACGUCACUCGUACGUCAGUUAUAUUACGGCAUCAUCUUCACUUUCGAUCACAGAGCCACGAACUCCCAAUUAACUAUUGGCACUCUAUACUUUUGCGCUCUGAUUUUCGACAUGUACUUAUCGCUUUUGGUCUGUGACAUGACGGUAAAGACGUACUACGCAAGUGUGGAGCAAUUGCGCUGUACAAACGUAAUGAACGCAUAUUGUCCGGCUCUGUAUGAAAUGGUGAGUUGA